AUGCUGCAUUCAUGCCGCCGCCCGGCCACCGUGUUGCAGGCCUUCGUCGCCAUCCUCGCCGCGGCCAGCGCGCUGCUGGUCGUGGCCGAGCCGCCGGUGCCCGCCGGGAACUACAAUGGCCUCAGCGAGGAGUAUGGCGUGCCCGGCCAGACGCCCGGGACGCCGCUGUCGUCGUACACGCCACAGGACCAGCAGGGCCAGCAGCCGGCCAACACCCCGAGCCGCGGUGCCGCCCGCUUCACCCCCAGCCCCGCCGACUUCGGCGCCAUGCUGUCGGGCGCGCGCAAGCCCUCCAGGACCUACCUCAAACCCACCGCGGCAUCGUUCGGCGGCCCGUCCGGGGGCUUCGGACAACACGCGCCGUCCGCGCCUUCCGCGCCGUCCAGUGACUACGGCGCGCCCGCCGCCGACGGCCUCAUCGACAUCCGCAGUUCCGAUGACGCGGGCUUCGGCAACAAGGGCGAGUCCAACUACAACCCCCAGGCCGGCAGCACUGGCAACACCGGCCCUUCCGCUCAGUACGGUGCUCCCUCCACACAGUUCGGCGGCAACUCUCCUUCACAGUUCGGCGCUGCCCCGGCUCCCGCUGCCCCGUCCUCCCAGUACGGCGCUCCCUCCACACAGUUCGGCGGCAACUCUCCCUCUCAGUUCGGCGCUCCCCCAGCUCCCACUGCCCCGUCCUCUCAGUACGGCGCUCCCGCUGGUCAACACGGCCCAUCCGGUCCGUCUCCUCAGUACGGCGCUCCCUCAGCGCCCUCCGCUCCUUCGUCUCAGUACGGAGCCCCCGCGCCCCAGCACGGUGGACCCUCUUCGCAGUUUGGAGCUAACCUCCCUUCGCAGUUCGGGGCUCCCCCGGCUCCCUCCGCCCCGUCCUCUCAGUAUGGUGCUCCCUCCCCGCAGUACGGUGGCAACUCUCCCUCUCAGUUCGGAACAGCUCCAGCUCCCACCGCCCCGUCGUCUCAGUACGGAGCACCUUCUUCUCAGUUCGGCGGCAACUCUCCUUCUCAGUUCGGCGCACCCGCCCCGUCGAGCCGCUUCGGUGCUAGCAGGGCUCCCUCCCGUUUGAACAGCCCCUCUGCCGGUCCCGCCUCAACAUUCGGAGCCCACCCGGCCAGGCCUUCGCCUCAGUAUGGGGCCCCGUCCGGCCCAUCUGCCCAGUUCGGCGCCAACGCUCCCUCUCGUCACACCCCGAAGGCACCCCCUCGUUUCCGUCCUUCGGCGCGGCCAUCUAGCCCUUCGUCUUACGGGGCCCCCGCUGCCAACCCUUCAUCUCAGUACGGUGCCCCCGCUGCCAACCCUUCAUCUCAGUACGGUGCCCCCGCUGCCAACCCCUCAUCUCAGUACGGUGCCCCCGCUGCCAACCCUUCGUCUCAGUACGGCGCCCCCGCUGCCAACCCUUCGUCUCAGUACGGUGCCCCCGCUGCCAACCCUUCGUCUCAGUACGGUGCCCCCGCUGCCAACCCUUCGUCUCAGUACGGUGCCCCCGCUGCCAACCCGUCAUCGCAGUACGACAGCCCUGCCGCCGACCCCUCCACUGAGUACGGUGCCCCGGCCGGUGACGGAGGUGACAACGCCAACAACGACGAGACGACGGAGCCCGCCAUGUACUCGUUCGAGUACGAAGUGGACGCCCCCGAGUUCGGCACCAAGUUCGGCCACAAGGAGCAGCGCGACGGCGACGUGGCGACGGGCGCCUACCACGUGCUGCUGCCCGACGGCCGCAUGCAGAAGGUGGAGUACGUGGCGGACCAGGACGGCUACAGGCCCGAGGUCUCGUACGACGAGGCGGCCGCCCAGCCCGGCCAGGACCAGGGCUACCCCGACGCCCAGGACGCGCAGCCCGGCCAGGCCGACCAGGGCGCCGGCGACUACAACGGCGCGGCAGACCUCAGCGCCGCCAACCAGGGGGGCCAGUCCGGGCCGUACUGA